AUGGGUCAAGCUACACAAUUUAUAUCCAAGAUGCUACUUGCUCUCUUUCCUGAUGCUAAAACAGCUUGGUCGGAUCGGAAGACAGAUGGUGACCUUGACGUGGAUUUGACUUUUGUGGAUUCUGAUGCUGCAGAGGACGAUCAAGAUGAUCACGAUACGUCUGAUGGUGACGGUGAUGCUGAUCUGCCUGAAGCUGAAGUUAACGUCUGCAAAGAACCCAAGGAGGAAGCCACAAUUAGGAACAGCUCCACGGAUACACCGUCAGCUCUCCUAGCUGAGAAAAAGGACAAGUUCUAUCAAGUGGUCAAUACAGGCUGUCAAGGACUCCUAUUUAUACGAUUUCGAAACAGUGUCGAUGAACUAGAAUUCAUCACAAAAGUACACUCGCAUCUUCUGUCCCUGUCUUCAGAAGCUCAAACCAAGAUAUUCAAGUCAAUCGGAUUCACCUGUCGCUGGUUGCCCAUUCAUGCAACAACUCCAGCAACAUUGCCAGAUAUAAUCAAUAUGAUUCGGCCCAUGAUUGCAAAGCACGAGGCACUUCAGCAACCGUCAGGCUGGGAUGGUGUUAGCAAUCCUGGACCGACCAUGGCUGUAGUUGUCGAUCAUAUACGCAACUGCACGACGAUAGAGAAGAAGGAACUGGUUAAUGAAGUCGCCAAAGAAAUCCCGCUGUGGUGCAAAGUGGACUUGACCAAGCCAGAUCUAUCCAUAUUCGUCUCUGUAUUCAAACAUGCAGCCGGUGUAGCGAUACUUCCCAAGUACCACCAAUUGAAGAAAUACAAUCUGCAGUCAAUUCGUCAGACAAGUGCUUCACAGUAA